ACCUAAACUAUCGGGCCGAUUUGGGCUUAUUUUCUAUCGGCCCGAUAGCCAUAUUUUCCCGAUAAAAAUAGCCGAUAAUUUAAUAAAAACGCGGAAACUGCGUUCAAGAGUAACGACUUUUAUUUUGAAGACACAAGCCAUGACGCGCAGUGGCACGUCACAUCCAAUGCAUGCAGCCAGUGAGUGGGGAAGUAGACAAACAUGCCUUCACCAGUAUGGUCGUUCUUCACAGUGGCAGAAAAUGACAAUGCUUUCGCUAUAUGCAACGCCUGUUCAUUGCGGAUUCCGAGAGGAGGAAAAAGGUCGUCAAGCUUUAACACAAGUAAUCUUAUAUCUCACCUGAAAAGUCGGCACCACGGCGAAGAGGUAUUAAAAGAGUAUGAGGCAGCGGCUGCAGCCGCUAGCACAAGCAGUGAAACCAAUGCGGUAACUAAAGGAAGAAAAUCCGAUGUUACCAUUCUGCAGUCUUUUGAAAAAAGUAGACCCUUUGCGAGAGACAGUGAAAAGACCAAAGCCAUUAACGGCAAAGUAAUGGAGUUCAUUGCACUCGGCGACCAGCCUUUCUCCGUGGUCGAAGAGCCAUCUUUUCGUAGCCUGUUGGCACACUUGGAGCCACGCUACACUCUUCCAAGCCGCCGCUUUUUCUCAGACGUGUCCCUCCCUGCACUUUAUGAUGUUGUUGCCACACACAUCCACAGCCUAAUCGACCAGAAUGGACUACACAUAAGUUUCACAACAGACAUAUGGACGUCCGAUGUUAGCCCUGUUAGCAUGCUAAGUCUAACAGCACAGUGGCUAGACGAGGACUUUAAUUUGCAACAAGCCAUGCUGCAUGCUCAGGAGUGCCCCGGAUCACAUACUGCCGCAAUGAUAUGUCAGGCGUUUAACACCAUGCUUGCACACUGGAAUAUAACGAAAGACCAAGUGCAUGUCGUGCUGAGGGACAACGCACGCAACAUGAUCAAGGCCAUGGAGGAGUGUGGGCUUGCCAGUUUGGGCUGUGUAGCACACACGCUACAGUUAGCUGUGAACGAGGCUGUACUGAGCCAAAGAAGCAUCGCAGACUGUGUCGCGAUAAGCAGGAAGAUAGUCGGACACUUUAAACACUCCAACGUCGCCACCUCCCGCCUACGAAACUUACAGAAACAACUUGGCAUGAAAGAGGCAAGGCUUCAACAAGACGUGGCUACUCGUUGGAAUUCAACCUUCUACAUGCUGACCAGCUUGUUGCAGCAGAAACGAGCCCUGGCAGCAUAUGCCGUCGAUUUCGACUUGCCUGCAUUUCUGAGCCCAAAUCAGUGGGCUUUAAUCGAAAACAUGCUAACAAUUCUUGACCCGUGUGAGCAGCUGACAAAAAACAUGAGCUCAGCUACAGCCACCGCAGCUGAUGUGAUCCCCUCCAUUGAGGCCCUGAAACGUCUGUUAAACAAGACUGUUGCGACAGAUCAUGGAAUCAAAACUUCAAAGAGUAUGCUACUGCAAGCUGUUGAGCAGCGUUUCAGUCACAUCUCGACAGAGUCCGUGUGCUUUCUGGCCACAGUGUUGGACCCCAGAUAUAAAGACUGCUUUUUUGACCAAGCAACAAAGAAGGAAGCAAUGGAAGUCUUAACAGCCAAAAUGAGAUCACAGACAGAAAAUGAGCCAGAGCCACAUGAGAAGAGAACCAGGACAGAUGACAACAACAACAAUACUUCCCUGCAGAAAAUGUAUGAAGAAAUCCUUCACGAAAAUGCCACAAACGAGCUGAACCACAGCCAAGCUGAUCAGCAGAUUCAAGCCUAUCUCUCAGAGCCCACAAUUCCUCGAUCCGAGAGCCCCUUGGACUACUGGAGAAGCAACAAAAUCCGGUUCCCACAACUUGCCCUCCUCGCACGGAAGUAUCUGUCCUCUCCUUGUACAAGUGUGGACAGUGAACGUUUAUUUUCUGCUGCUGCAAAUGUUAUUGAUGAAAAACGAAACCGACUUGGAUGUGAGAAAGCAGAGAUGCUUCUCUUUGUUAAGAAAAAUCUCCCACUGGUGCCCUCCCCCAGAAUAUAGAAAAUAUAAUGCAGAUAAUUUGACAGUGACAAGUUUGGGGGGAGGUUAGGAUAGGAAAUGUUGAGAAGAGAAAAAUCUUUGAAGUUGAAGUUUUGAAGAAUUUAAGCAUUUUAUUUUUGAAACAGAUUUAAAUAUUUACGUCCCUAAGGGAUGUACGUUUUGUUAAAAUUAAGAGGCACAUUUUAUGCUUAUUGUUGUUAGAACUUUUGCUAUACGUUUUAUGAUGGCAUAUGACCACAUGUAAUGACAUGAAACAGUGACAAGAUUGGGGAGUGGUUAGCAAAGGACAUGUUAAGAGGAAAUCAUUUAACUUUUAAGUUGAAGUUGUAAGCAUUUUUUUUAUCUAAAUGACUGAGUUUUUUUUUAAUGCAGUCAAGCAUUAAUGGUUUUCAGAAUGCACUUUACUUUAUUACAUACCUCCAUAAGAGAUGCACUUUUUUUGUUAAAUUAUG